UCUCCUCUCAAUGGUGCAUUUCAAAUCCGAAUUUGGACCGAAUCCAAACAGCCUAGAGUUUUCACAUGGGGACUCUGGAGAACGCCGCUGCUUCUGUGGAGAUAUCCGAGCCACUGCUGCAGCCGGUGGAUGAAGAAACCAAGAAGCGCGACGGGGAUCUUCUGGACGAGGAAUUCAUCCCCGAUUGGAAAGAUCAGAUCACACUCCGGGCCAUUUUGGUCAGCGCCGUCUUGGGUGUUGUCUUCUGUAUCAUAACUCACAAGCUCAUUCUCUCGAACGGCAUCGUCCCCUCCCUCAAUGUCGCCGCCGGUUUGUUUGGCUUUUUCUUCCUCAAGUUCUGGACCACUUUUCAGUCCAAAUUUGGACUUUCCGGUCGGCCCUUUACCCGUCAAGAGAACACUGUCAUCCAGACAUGCGUUGUUGCUUGUUAUGGCCUCGCGGCUAGUGGGGGUUUUGGAUCUUUUCUGCUUGCAAUGGAUGAGAAAACAUACAAAUUGAUAGGUGAGGAUUAUCCUGGUAACAGGGCAGAAGACGUUAAAAAUCCAGGAUUGUUGUGGAUGACAGGUUACCUGUUUAUUGUCAGUUUCCUCGGCCUUUUCAGUCUUGUCCCACUCCGUAAGGUUAUGGUCAUGGAUUAUAAGUUGACAUACCCCAGUGGAACAGCCACAGCAAUGUUGAUAAAUAGCUUCCACACAAAUGCUGGAGCUGAACUUGCAAGGAAACAAGUGAGCUGUCUUGGAAAAUAUUUGAGCAUUAGCUUCUUUUGGAGCUGCUUCAAAUGGUUCUUCAGUGGUAUUGGGGAUUCAUGUGGAUUUGACGAGUUUCCUAGCCUUGGGUUGACAUUGUUUAAGAACACGUUUUAUUUUGACUUUAGUCCUAUCUAUGUAGGAUGUGGUUUGAUCUGCCCUCAUAUUGUCAGUUGCUCUUUUCUUCUAGGGGCCAUUAUCUCAUGGGGUUUUCUUUGGCCCUUCAUUUCUCAGCGUGCUGGUGAUUGGUACCCAGCAGACCUUGGCACCAAUGACUUUAGAGGUCUUUAUGGCUAUAAGGUUUUCAUCGCUAUUUCACUUAGUUUGGGCGAUGGGCUUUACAAUUUGAUUAAAAUUACUGCAAUCAGUAUUAAGGAAAUGUGCAAAAUUAUCAUUAGCCAGAAGGAUCUUCCCAUUUUAGAAGAGGUCUUAGAUAACAAGAGUUCCAAAUCAUUGCUGGAGGGGAAAAAGAGGGAUGGAGUAUUCCUUAAAGACAGGAUUCCAUUCUGGUUUGCUGCCUCUGGAUAUGUUGGCUUGGCUGCAAUAUCCACUGCUACAAUACCAAUCAUGUUUCCUCCUCUUAGAUGGUAUUUGGUAAUUUGCUCAUAUAUCAUCGCUCCUGCCCUUGCCUUCUGCAAUUCCUAUGGAGCUGGGCUAACAGACAUGAGCAUGGCCACGAUAUAUGGCAAGAUGGGCCUUUUCACUUUUGCUUCAUUAGUGGGAAGUAAUGGUGGUGUUCUUGCUGGGUUGGCAGCUGCUGGGGUAAUGACGUCCAUUGUCGCAACUGCAGCUGAUUUGAUGCAGGAUUUUAAGACAGGCUAUCUGACUUUGUCAUCAGCCAAAUCUAUGUUCGUUAGUCAGUUAAUUGGAACAGCCAUGGGGUGUGUCAUUGCACCGCUCACAUUUUGGUUGUACUGGAGCGCUUUCGAUAUUGGUUCUCCCGAAGGUCCAUACAAAGCACCGUAUGCCGUGACGACUAGGCAACUGGCUAUUUUGGCGAUUCAGGGCUUCUCUGAACUUCCUAAGCAUUGCUUGGCAUUUUGCUUGGUUUUCUUCGUUGCAGCUCUUGUUAUAAACUUUUUGAGGGAUGUCGCCCCUAAAAAGGUGUCACAGUUUAUUCCUGUACCAAUUGCAAUGGCAUUGACAUUUUAUAUUGGAGCUUCCUUUGCAGUUGACAUGUUUGUUGGUACUGUAGUACUUUUUGUUUGGGAGAGGCUAAAUAGAAAGGAUGCAGAAGAUUAUGCACCAGCUGUUGCCUCAGGUUUAAUAUGUGGUGACGGUAUUUGGUCAAUUCCUUCAGCAGUCCUUUCUAUCUUUAGGAUUAAUCCACCCAUAUGUAUGUACUUUGUCCCUUCGUAGAAGUAGCUAGAACUAGGGAUUCUUAGCCUUGGUUGGGCAAUCCCAUCUUUGCCGUUGACUUCUGGCCAUAAUCCACCAAGGAUUAACUAUUUGGAUUAGCUAUUUUUAAGUAUGUUUUUAAAAUAUUUUACUGUAACAGUAUGUAUGAAAAACUUCUGUAUAAGAUUUUUUUGAGUUGUUUUU